AUGGAUUCCAGUGCUUUUGAUACAAGAUUCCCAAAAGCUUGGUUCACAGCCUCACUGUCAACCCUUGCUUUGCCAUUCUUGACGUUUGCCACCGCUCUUUUCUUGAGAAUCGAUGAGGCAUUAUUCACCGCAGAGACUUGGCCGAUCAUCUGUGUCUACUUGAUCACAGCAGCUGUUCAAGUCAAGUUGACAUUCAUCGUACACAAACUCUACGCUCAAGUCAAGUUAUUGCCCAUCCGAUUCCUUCUCUUGUGCUACGCAAUUUAUUCUUUGGUCUUAGUCAUUUUGAUUGGAUACCUUCCGAAUGUGAUUGAAGGGCAAAUGGUAAUGGAUCAGUUCUCUCUCUACAAUGCCCAAAUCGGAGUUCUACUUUUCCACACUUCGCUGUUGGCCCUUCUGAAGAGUUUGUUCUUUGCUGCUUGGACCACCAAGAUGAUCCAACAACGCAUCAAUGCUGACAAUCAAAUCGCGAAUAAAGUUCUGACGGACGCCAUCAAAGAAGAUCAUUGCAAGGACGAUAUUCCAGAGGAAACCGACUACGUCCAAGUCUUGUAA